GACAGUUAAGAUGGCAGCGACUGGAGACGAACAUGCUGCCUCUGAAAUUUUGAGGGGUAUCAGCCGACAUUUAUACUGCCUGAAUGAGGACAACAAGGCGACAAGAAAACGGGCUCUUGAGUCGAUAAAGCAGCAGACUGUGAAUAAAGGACUACCCAGGGGCGUUUUACAGGAAGUAUUCUCUUCUCUCCUCAAGCCUCUCCUCAAGUGUUUGUCAGACCCAAUGGAGAAAUGCAGAGAAACCACCAUUGCGACCAUAACAGAGUUUAUUCGUUGUGUUCCCAUACCGGAGGAAUCGUUGCCCUAUCUCAUGCCCUGUCUGGCUCAGCGUUUCGGGGACAAAGAGAUCUUAGAGCCGUCGGAGGAACUUCGACUGUCGGCGGUGGAGAUGUUGACUCUGACGGUGGACGUGUGCGGCACACACUUAACGCAUUAUCUUAACGAAACAAUCAACAUUCUGCUGAGAACAAUCGUCGACCCGUUUCCGGAUGUCAGAAAGGAAAGUUGUAAAUGCACCGUUAGCUUCGCAAGGUCUGUUCCAGAACAUUUUCACAUGCAAGCUGAGAGUUUGGUCAAGCCUCUUAUGCAGACCAUAACCCAUCAGCACUCGCGGGUUAGGGUUUCGGCCAUCGAAGCCACUGGAGCAGUCAUACAACAUGGAAGCGGAAAGAACUUGGAUGAUGUGGUAUCACACCUUGUGCAGAGACUAUUUGACGACUCGCCACAGGCGAGAAAAGCUGUGACUGCAGUUGUUGGUGACUGGCUUUUAAACAUGAGAGAUCGGUAUUCGUAUUUCCACAAACUCAUUCCGCUCUUGUUGAGCUGCAUCAGUGACAUGAUCCCAGAAAUAAGAGUGUUAGCAGCUGAUUUGUGGAGACAAGCCGGCCUGCAGUGGGAGAAGGAGAAUGAGGACGACAUAAAGGACAAGAUGGACUUCCUUUUCACCCUACCUCCUCACUAUCCACAUGAAGUGUAACGUCCAGGACUGGGCUGCAGAGAGCUGGUGGUCAGAAACCCGGGUAGACUGGUGCCAGCUAUCGCCCACGAUGUGACCGACUGGCUGGUGCCGACCCGGGUCCGCACGUCCCAGCUUCUCUCUGUGCUGCUGCUGCAUGCCGAGGACCACACCACGCAGCACCUGCAGCAUCUGCUGGCCGUGCUCUACCGGGCCUGUACUGACACAGAGAAGGACGUGGUAAACAAUUGCCUGGCAGCUGCUAAACUGAUUGGGACUUUUGUCCCCCCACCUGUCUUUCUGAAGCUGAUGCUUGAACAUGUGACAGCCCCGAGCUCUUCCUCCUACCCCUGGACCCCCCUCAUGGUUCUGGCUGCAGUCCUAAGAGGUGGCUCCAAACAGCUCCUAAAACCACAUCUCCAGCUGGUUGCAGACACCCUGGUGCAGCCCGAAGUUUGCCAGGAAUAUCAGCGGGUUAUGUACCUGGAGCAGUUGCUGGCAUGUGUGGAUGUGCUGCUGCAUCAGUGUGAGUCAGACUGUGGCUCAGUCAGCCUGCAGCUGCUGCAGGUUCUGGUCACCAUCCAGAGCCUCUCCACUGACCCACAGCUCAGCACCAAAGCCUUGGAGAGUGUACGUUUUUUGAGUACGGUGCAGGGCUUGGACCCCAUAGAGCUGUAUAGACAACAUAUGGGACAGCAGCUGGACUGGUUGUCUGCCUCUGUCAACACUUGGUCCAGUUACUCUCCACAGAGACUUCAGCUACAUGUCAUUGUCAUGCAAUCAGGUCCAGUCAUUGCGGAGUUUUUGAACCAGCUGAUGCCUCUUCUCUAUAACUGCCUCCAGCCAAACAGAGACACGGAAAUGAGGAUGAGCGUUUUCACGAUGCUCGCCAAGUUGCUGCUGGAUGCAAAAAACACCCUGGAUUCCCAGGGGCAUUUCUGUGACAAGUCGGAGAGGUUUCUGAGUGACGUCCUGCUUCCCAACCUGGUGUGGCACGCGGGCCGGACCGCUGCCGCUGUCAGAACCUCAGCCCUCAGCUGUCUGCUGGCCUUGCUCCAUGGAGGAGCCAUUACACAUGGACCGCUUCUGUGUCUGGAGGAAAGGCUGAGCCCCCUGGUGUUUUCAGCCCUGGAGGAGGACUCUCAGAUUAGCAGACUGUUGGCAUGUCGCUCUCUUUCUGCCACACUCGAGCUAAUCAGAACCAGUUUACACCACGAGGCUCUGAACAAGAUUUAUCAUGAACUGCUGAAGCGUCUGGACGACAGCAGCGAGGAGGUUCGCAGCGUCGCAAUGCAAGCCGUGGGUCUCUGGUUGUCCAGCCUGACCAAAGACUACAACCCCGAGCUCUAUGCUCCCCAUCUGCAGCUCCUCUUUCAGCAGCUCCUGCUGCACCUGGAUGACCCUGACAGCUCCGUGCAGGACCAAGUGCUGGAAGUCCUGAAGAAAGGCAGCUCGCUUCACACGUCUCUUCUGCAGAGGGAGGCUGAGGCUGUGAGGGACAAACAGAGGAGUCCCCUUCACUGUGAUCUCCUCCUGCAGCACGUCAGCUCGCUGCCCACAGAGACUUUACAGCACUAAACUGACAGAAGGAAUAUGCAAAACAUGCAGACUCAAGUUGAUGUCUUGACUCUUCAUCAAAACCAAAACUAUUUUAUUGUAAUUUACUACAGUGUUAAACAUGAUUGACCUUUUUAAAUAUUCCUAUAUAUGUGUUUUUCUCAGCGUAUUUUAAUGCGUUCCUGCAGUCAUUCCUGUUAAACUGCUGGAGUUCAGAUAUUUGCUGUUGGGAUGUGUUAUUAUCUACAGGAGUAAAGACAUGUCAGGAAAUCUGAGAACUGGGAUUUAGUCUUGAAAGUACAGUGCAUUUCUUUCAUCAAAAGCCAUUCAAUGAAACUUAAAAAAAACAUCUAAACAAAUGUGAAUUUAAAUAGCAUCACAGUCCGUAACUUUUCGAUCUAUUACUGUUAUUUUAAAUGGUGUACUUUAUUUCUUUAAUUUUGAAUUUCCGGAAUAGAUUGAAAGCAUAACUUGAAGGGUUACAACACAGCAUGAAAAAGUAUGCAGUACUUUCCACUUCUUAAUAAGUAUGCAAAAAAUAAAGUAUCGAAAAACAUUUUGUAUUUCAGACUGUUCCAUAGUCUUUAAGGUCCUUCCUUCCUUACUUUCCUCACUUUCUUGAAGCUCUUGAAGUGCUUCCUUCUUUCAUCGCAUCCUACCUUGUUCUUUUUUUUUUUUUUUACAUGUCCUGUUGCUGCAUUUCAGGCAUACCAUGUAGAGCAGAUGGUUAUUUACAUGUGCCAGAGCAGUAUUGUACAAAAAAAUUAUCUCAAGGAAGUAAUUACUUAAUUAAGUUUAUUAAUUUCAGAUUCAGUCCAUCAAUGUAGUAACGUGUUUGUAUGAUUUUCAACCAUUUAGGGUGUGUGUUGGUGAGUUUAUGUGUAAAAAUAAGUGUGUUUGUUUUAGGUGGGUGUACAGUGGAUAUAAAACGUCUACACAUCCCUAUUCAAAUGCCAGGUUUUCAUGAUGUAAAAAAAAUCACAUCCAGAUAAAUAAUUUCACAACUUUUUCCACCUGUAAUGUGAUCUUUAACUUGCAAUUGGAAAAGCAAAUCUUUCAGGGAGGUGAAGUAAAAAUAAAGAAUUGAGAUAA